AUGGACCCUGAGCGAAACACCGUGGAAAGCGAGGCGGACCUCCAGCGGCUCUUGACCGAGGACCGCGAGGGCGUGCCAGGUGUUGCAGCUUGGUCGUGGCCACUGCCGCUGCGCGUGGGAGGCCUUUUGCUGGGCUUGGUGGCCCUGGGGCUGUCGGCACGCUCGAUGGGUGGCUCCUUGCAGGAGAUAGAUGUCUGGAAGUUGGAAGAGAAGAUGCACGACAGCUACAAGAACGACCCCGAUUGCAAGGGCGAUAACGUUCACCACCUGGACAUCAAGACCUAUUGCGGCCCCGUGAACGGGAAGGGCGAGCCCGAUACUCCCGGGAAGGAGGGCAAGGCAUGGUUCAAUGAUGGCUCCAAGUACACUGGAUCGUGGAAGGAUGGCAAGCCGAAUGGUCAUGGCUCUUUUUGGUUCCGUGAUGGCGGGAAGUUCGUGGGCAGCUGGAAGAAUGGCAUCGCGGAGGGCGAGGGCAUCCAGACUUAUGCCACCGGCCCCAAGGGAAACAAGGAGUGGCCCUUCGAGACCGUUCAGAGCAGUGUCUUCAAGCAGGGCAUGCCCGUGGGCCAAGGAGUGGCUUGGUCCACCGACCAGAAGAAGGCCUGGCUGAUGAAGGACGGUGAGGCCUCGAAGAAGCUCAAGGACUACGCAGAAGCAAAGGCGGAAGCGAAGAAGCUGGGAUUGCCAAUGUAA